AUGUUGGUAUAUGAUCCAAAGCAGAAUCCGGGUACAGGUGCUGGCACAAAUGCAUUUGAUGAAAUUCUUAAAGCUACACCACCUGCUUUGGUUGCAUUUUUAGCAAACCUACCCACAGUUUAUGGUCCAACUCCAAAUGUGGAUAUCGUACUAUCGAUUUGCUUACAUAACGACCUUCCAAUGGGACAAAGUGGUAAAAUUGGGAUUCAAUCGCAAUUGCCAGGAGGUCCUGCUCCUGCUACAAGUGAACUUUCUGGUAGCAACCAUUAUGGGAAAAGAAAAGAAUUAGACAGACAAGAAGAUGAUGAUGCUACAUCUCUCCAAAGCCAACCACCUCCUCGCGACGCUUUCCGGAUACGACACACCAGUAGAUAA